AAACUUUUAUAAGCGAAACAUGAUGUCAUUGGUAGCAGCAAACAUAGUAGGAGUUAUUAUAGUAUUUGCAGUGGAAACAAUAUUAAAGGUGCUCUUGUAUACAAAACGAAGUAAUUCAACCUGUGCAGCUUUUAAAAGAUAUGUCGAAACUGCAUUACAUAUAAAUAACUUAUAUACUCAUGAUCCAAAUAAUUCAGAUUCCAACUGGUACAAAUCGAUAAACUCAAUUCGUUGGCAUCACAAAAUUAGCACCAGGAUGUCAAAGCAGGCUGGAAUUGGAGAAAUAUAUCAAAAAGAUAUGGUACUUACACAAUUCAGCUUUGUGGGAUACAUCGCUAUUGCACCUAGGUCUUUUGGACUGAACAUGACAUUGGAAGAAGAAGAAGCAUUUAAUCAUUUCUGGCGCGUAAAUGGUUAUAUGUUAGGCAUCACUGAUAAAUUGAAUUUAUGUCGCAAAAACGCAAAAGAAACUAUCGAACUAUGUUAUAAAAUCAAAGAUUUAUAUGGGACUUAUUUGAGUAACGGUUCACCUGAAUUUUAUGAAACAGCGUUACAAACGUUAAAUGGAUUAUGGUUUAUUGAUAUAACCGCGGAUAUAGAUUCUUUCAUGGCAUUCGUUUUUAAAUUACAUGGACUCCCAGAUAAAAAGAUUGGGUGGCGUAGUUGGUUAAUUAUGAAAUAUCGUGAAUGGUUAUUUUAUUUGUGUCUUGUGCCUUAUAUCAGAGUAAUAGUAAGAGCAUACACUAAUUUAUUUAUUCAGCUCGUAUUGUGGAAUGCAUAUUACUGUCCUAUACUUGCGUGGAUAAGAUUUGGGAAGAAUAAUGCUCGAAUCAACCUAUAUCCUAAACACUAACAACCUCGAUUUUACUAACAAUUUAUUGCAUUUAUAUAAAUCAAAUUUAACUUUUAAAAUAUUUUAACAUGUUAUUAAUUAUUAUAUACAUCAUACACUGAGAAAAAAAGUUGUUAACUUAACUAAAGAAUUAGUUCGUAGUGAUCAUUUAGUUCAAAUAUUUAUAUAUUUAAGUAAAAUAUAUAUGAUUAUGUAAUAUGAUUACAUAUGCGAUUAUAUGAUGUCAAUAUAUUUACUUGAAUUAACAAAUAAUUUAAUUAAAUAUUUGCUUGACAGUCCGUGAAAGCUGCAUUUAGUUGAAUCAAUUAAUUUUACUUUUUUGAAACAGCAACUUUUUUCUCUCAGUGUGAUAUAAAAAUAUAAAGUAUUCUAUUUUCGAGGAUGCGUAAUUAUCUCAAAUACAGCGGCUGCUUUUUGACCAAUCAAAACGUUGCCUCAAAUUGUAAAAAGCAGCAUGAUAUCAUGUGUAUUCACUAAUUUAGGAAUAACGAAAUAUCUUAUAUUCUUAUAAUAUAUGCGAUUAUAUACAUGUUUUAAUCCUUUGACUGCGAAAAAAUGCGGCGCAAAACAUGCAUUGUAGAUCUCGAUGGUAAUAAAAAUGGUGCUAAUAACAUAGUGA